CUUGAAUGGACCAGACGAAACCUUUUGUUUGUACGGCUCGUCGAUCGUCAACUGACGUGCCAAAGCGGAAUUUAGCGCUCAACACAAUUGAUUUAGUAUGCAACCCUCGAGACUGUGGCUGGGACUGGUCGCAGGGACUCUACAUCCCGCCUGAGACACAUCCCACAUCCUCACGAUUGGCCUUUGCUACAUCCGCCCUAGUCUCUGGUCCAAAGCACUAUUUCUUUGUGGUGCGAUUCACUCUGCCGUGAAGUCUUUCUCUCCAGAAACAUCUGGAUCUGUUGAUGGUGGUACCAUCUUCGACGACUCACUUCCCCCACACCUCCGUUAUUUAUGAUCGAGCAUCAUCGCGACGCUAUACGCAUUCACCAUCUACUCAUUACUCCAAGCCAAUUACGAGAUCACCGUAGUCAUCUGCGUACUGAUAUUCAGGCAACAUCCAGACCAAUGCCCCCCCUCAUUCGACUCUCCCUGGCGCGCCACCUCUCUCAGAGAAUUUGGAGCUGUCGCUGGCAUUGGUGGUUGCGUCGUAUAUUCAUUUUCCUCGGGGAAAACCCACUUUCUCUACUCUUUGGGCGUAUCGGGGGCGUCAUGGGCGCGUUUCUCGCCUCUGGGUUUAUUCACCACCUUGCAGUACGACCCAUCGACCCAUCCUCGGAGAUGUGGCGCAUGGUGCUGCCAUUUGGGAUGAUGGGAACUGGGAUGGUCAUUGAGCGUGCUGUUGCGGGGAAUCAAACAGGUGGCUGGAUAGGAUGGAUGUGGACAAUGUGCUGGUUGGUGUUGUGGGGGAACGUGCCAGUGGAUGGGUGGGCAAGAACUGGGUUGCUUGGGGGUUCGAGUACGUUGGAUAGUGCGACACCUGUAAGGCAACCGAUUGAGUGGCUGGUGAGGACGUUUGAUGAGUAUCUGCAUGCUAUUAGCAGAAUUAGCAGAAAACCGUGAUGACAGAAAUCUGUAGACAUCCCAGUAGCUGAUACUCAAAUUGUGAGACAUGAGAGCAGCUAGUCCAAUGCAAAUUUCUGGAUGCUAG